GGACCAAGAGGAAUCAUUUCUGUUUCCAUCUAACUGACGUUGAGCCACCAAAUGUUAGAAAUGAGAGUGAAUUAAGUUUCCCGUCCAGACGGCGGCGUCGGGCUGCACCGGGGGCCGAUGCCGGAGGCCGGCGGCUCCGUGCGAUUGGCGGAGCUGCUGAUGGCGUCGACGCACAGCAAAGGUUCCGGGUCGGAGGUCGGCCGACGUCGAGCCAAGAGGUCGGUGUUCCUGCACUCGGGAGUGAGAAUCUGUCCACAAGAGACGCUGGAGCAAGUGAUCGUCAGCCACCAGGCGUACUACCAGCUCCGAGUUUGUCAGGAGGCCGUGUGGGAGGCGUUCAGGAUCUUCUUCGACAGGAUCCCCGGGACGUCCGAGUACCAGCGAUGGGUUCACACGUGUCAACACGAGUCGCUCUGCAUCUCCGACCUCGCCAAAAACUUCAGCCGCUCCGAGGAGCACAGGAGCAUGGUGCAGUCGAGGAUGAGUCGGCUCAGAGACGGGAGGCCGUCAUCACGAGGAUCAGUGACUCCUGCACCGACACAGAAGCUCCCUGAGAUCACAGGUGCAGAGGCUCAGGCGGUCGCCUCCUCAGCGCCGCCGGCGGUCGUCACGGACACCGGCGUCCCUCUCGACCCCGUGGGAGCUUCUCCGAGCCCGGUGCCGGGUCAAACCGGCCCCGAGGAGGUGGAGGUGGAAGAGGUGGAAGAGAUCACACGUUGA